AUGAGUAUAAUCUUCAGAGUGAAGCGCCAUCCUCAUGUGGAGGGGUUCGAGCAGUGCGUGUCAUUUGGUGCCUUCAGCUCGGACCAACAAGAAGUAGUCUACAACAUCUUCUGUCUCUGCGCCAUGUACUUCUUACCGCUCAUCGUGAUCACCGUGUGUUACGUGUGCAUCUUCUGUGAGAUACACAGAAGCAGUAAGGAAUUAGAUGAGAAAUGUAUUCAUCACAACAACGUUGGUCCAGUACGACUUCGCCGCUCGGACCGUCGCGUCCUAGAACGUGCACGGCGUCGAACCCUUCGCAUGACGGUCACGAUAGUCGCCGCUUUCGCACUGUGCUGGCUGCCCUAUGUAACUAUAACUAUGUGGUACAUGAUAGACCGCAAGUCAGCCACUCGCGUGUCACCCAGAGUGCAAGACCUGUUAUUCGUAAUGGCAGUCUCCAAUUCCUGCAUGAACCCUCUAGUCUACGGUUCUUAUACACUGGACAUCCGAGGUGUGUUACGAAAGCUGCUAAGGAAAACUUGUUGUCAUUCUUCAGCUGGUUCUGAUACUAUAGGUAAGUCAGUGGAGUAUUCUGACAAGGGAUUCGCUUUGACACUUCAAACGAAGGUGGCUAGCAAAAUACCCACAUAA